GCUUCUGUGGAAGUGAAGCUCCAUCCACUCUUGAGUAUGAACUUAGCAAGUCAGACUUAUCUGCUGGUGGUCUUUCUCACCUCCACGGUCUUCAUAUGCCGGGCCCAGGAGAGAGACUACACAGUGAAGGAGGAGCAACCGGAAAACGUCCGCAUCGGGAACUUGCGCAGGGAUCUCGACCUCAACCUGGACCCAAACGUCCGGUUGUCCUCGCCUCUGCAGUUCAAGCCUGUGUACAAGACUGGCGACGUGCCUUUGGUGAGGGUGGAGGCCAACACGGGGGAGAUCUUUACGACCAGUCACCGAAUCGACAGGGAGAAGCUGUGCUCCGGAAUCUUUGCAGAGAAACGCUGCUAUUAUGAAAUUGAGGUGGCUGUCUUGCCUGAUGAGAUCUUCCGACUGGUCAAGAUCCGCUUCCUGAUUGAGGACGUCAAUGACAACGCGCCCCUUUUCCAGUCCACGGUCAUAAACAUCUCCAUCCCAGAGAACACCGCCAUUAACACCCGAUACCCAGUGCCCUCUGCGUUUGACCCCGAUGUCGGGAUCAAUGGGAUCCAACAUUACGAGCUGGUCAAGAGUGUCGGAGAAUUUGGCUUAGACAUCAUUGAAACCCCUGAGGGUGACAAGUGGCCACAGUUGAUCGUUCAGCAGAACUUAGAUCGUGAGCAGAAGGACACCUUUGUCAUGAAGAUAAAGGUAGAAGAUGGUGGCAGCCCUCCCAAGUCCAGCACUGCUAUCCUCCAAGUCACCAUUUCCGAUGUCAACGACAACCGUCCCGUCUUCAAGCGUAGCGAGUUGGAAGUCACAGUACCGGAGAAUGCCCCCACAGGAACAUCGGUUGUGCAGCUUCAUGCAACGGAUGCAGACCUGGGGUCCAACGCCCAGAUCCACUUCGCCUUCAGUAACCAGAUCUCUGCCUCGACCAAGCGCCACUUUGCCAUUGACAGCACAACAGGAUUGAUCACUGUGAAGCAGUCACUGGACAGGGAGUUGACUCCUGUUCACAAACUUAUCGUUCUGGCCAGUGAUGGCAGCUCAACACCCUCAAGGGCCACAGUGACGGUAAAUGUGACAGAUGUGAAUGACAAUGUCCCCUCCAUUGACACUCGCUACAUAAUCAACUUGGUGAACGGGACUGUGCUUUUGUCUGAGAAUGCUCCCCUCAACACAAAAAUUGCACUCAUCACAGUUACAGACAGAGAUGCGGAUCUCUAUGGAAAAGUCACUUGUUACACUGACCACGAUGUUCCAUUUCGGCUGAAGCCUGUCUUUAAUGAUCAGUUUUUACUAGAGACAGCUGCUCCCCUCGAUUAUGAGACAACUCGAGAAUAUGCAAUUAGGAUAGUGGCAUCGGAUAGAGGGACGCCUCCUUUGAACACUUCAGCUAUGGUUUUAAUUAAAAUCAAGGAUGAGAACGACAAUGCGCCCGUCUUCCCCCAGCCAGAAAUUCAACUUUCCAUACCAGAGAAUAAUGACCCGUCCUCACAGUUAAUAAAAAUCAGUGCCACUGAUGCAGACAGCGGACAUAAUGCUGAGAUUAUUUAUACCCUUGCCCCCGAUGCACCCGAUGGAUUUAAUAUAGACAGACGGUCAGGAAUCCUUUCGGUUGGCAAACGGCUGGACAGAGAGAAGCAGGAGAGGUACUCAUUCACUGUCAUAGGCAGGGACAAUGGUUCAUCGUCCCUGCAGAGCAAUGUCACUGUCAGGCUAAUCGUUCAGGACCUUAAUGACAACAGCCCGGCUUUCACACACCCCGAGUACAACUUCUAUGUGCCCGAAAACCUUCCUCUCUUUGGAACUGUGGGCUUAAUUACAGUGACAGAUGCAGACGCGGGAGAUAAUGCUGUUGUGACCCUGUCCAUUUUGAACGGGAAAGAUCAUUUCAUCAUUGACCCCCAAACGGGCGUAAUCAAGCCCAACAUCACCUUCGAUCGAGAGCAGCAGAGCUCUUACACAUUUAUGGUCAAGGCAGUGGACGGAGGGCAACCCCCCAGCUCUUCCUAUGCUAAGGUCACUAUCAACGUGGUUGAUGUAAAUGACAAUCGCCCUGUGUUUGUUGUCCCCGCUUCCAAUUACUCAUAUGACCUCGUGCGGACCACCACCAGCCCCGGUGACGUUGUUACAAGAGUGUUUGCCAUUGACAAUGACACAGGUAUGAAUGCGGAGCUUCAGUAUAGCAUUACAAGCAGCAUCAUCAUCACUUCUCGAGUCUCCCCUCGAGGCCUGUUUUCCAUCGACAAAACAACAGGCAACAUUACACUGCAGGAGAAAAUUGUCGCGGCGGAUCAAGGACUGCACAGGCUAGUUGUGAAAGUCAAAGAUCUUGGGCAGCCGGAAUCAUUACAAGCUAUUGCACUCAUUCACUUAUUUGUCAAUGACACCGUUUCGAAUGCCACUUUUAUCCAAGAACAGCUUCGGAAAAGCAUGGAGACGCCACUGGACCGAAACAUCGGGGACAGUGAAGUAACACCUCAGGCUAACGGAUAUGUGAUUGUUGUCAUCGCUAUCAUAGCUGGGACCAUGACUGUCAUCUUGGUGAUAUUUGUGACCGCUUUGGUGCGCUGCCGACAGACACCCAGACACAAGGUGGUACAGAAAGGGAAGCAGAGCGGCGAGUGGGUGUCACCUAACCAAGAGAACCGUCAAAUCAAAAAGAAGAAGAAGAGAAAGAAGCGAUCCCCUAAGAGCCUCCUCCUGAACUUUGUGACCAUAGAUGAAUCUAAGCCUGACGACCCGACACAUGAGCAUGUCAAUGGUACGCUGGAUCUCCCUGUGGAGCUCGAGGAGCAAACCAUGGGGAAGUACAACUGGGCCACCACUCCCACCACCUUCAAACCCGACAGCCCGGACUUAGCCAAGCAUUACAAAUCUGCGUCCCCUCAGCCUACAUUUCAAAUCAAACCGGAGACUCCGGUGGCCCCAAAGAAGCAUCACGUGAUCCAGGAGCUCCCUUUGGACAACACAUUUGUGGUGGGCUGUGACACGCUCUCCAAGUGCUCAUCGACGAGCUCCGACCCAUACAGUGUCUCAGAGUGCGGCUGUCAGGGGGGAUUCAAGACUCCAGGGCAAAUCACCACCCGACAGGAUGCGAUCCAAACGCCAGAGAAGUCUUUUCACUCGCCACCACCCAUUUGUCCUCAUAAGGAGGCCUGUCAACUUGGGAAGAUAACAUCUGUGAAUACCCAGCGCCGAGUGACGUUCCAUCUUCCAGAUGGUUCCCAGGAGAGCUGCAGUGACAGCGGGCUGGGUGAUCCAGAACCAAGCAGUACGGCCAGUACCUCCCAAGCUCUUCCGUUCAGCUUCCCUCUUGAGGAGUAUUACGAGCAAACAUCCCCCAAUAGUCGCACCGAGGGAGAUGGAAACUCAGACCCUGAAUCAACCGUUGAGGUGAACCUCCAGAAAGCUUUGGCUGAGGCGUCCGAGACCUGUACCCAAGAGUGUCUGAUACUGGGCCACUCCGACACCUGCUGGAUGCCACCAACCCUGACCCAGUUCCAGAGUCCGACGAGCGGAAGCCCCGCCUCCACUCCGACCUCCACUGCCAUCUCCGGUACUCUCCCCUCUUUUGGCUUACAGCAAAGCUGUGCACGGGGGGUCAAGGUUAACAUGGGCAGCCUGAGUACCAUGGAUGGCCGGCACACGUUGGGAAGGUCUGUGCCUAAAAAAGACGAGCUGGACAAAGGGCUUAACAGGCCGCAAUUCUACAACACCUUGGACAGACACUGCAAUAAGAAGGAGGACACCGUCAAGGUCAUCCCCCUGGCGAGCUUCUCAUCUCCUGGAAAGCAGACAGCGGCCGGCGGUGGCAGUAGCUCCUUUCUACAUGAGCACCAGCUGUAACAACAUUGGCCUGACAUCCUGUACAUGUGACUCCAUCCAGCUUUUUUCAAUACUUCAUUAUUAGCAUUAAUGCAUAUGUGUGCAAGUAUGGAUCAUUUGAGUAAAUACAGCCAGCUCGGUUUUACAAACAUCUAACAAAUGGAUUUCAUUGUGCUUAUGAGAUUUUAACAACAGUUGUAUCAUACUACUAAUUGUUGGGUCAGUCCGAGGGCUCAAACUUUUUAAAUUAAUUGUUCAUCAUCUAUUGUCACUGACGCAUGAAUAGCUUAUAGUGGCCCUGAGAAGUGUGAAGACCUCCACCGAACUCGAACACAGUCCUUAUAUGGCUCAGCAGCAAACCUUCAAAGAUACCUAACUGGUGUUUACGGCAAGAUUUUGAAUAUUAAGAAGAUUUUAUUUCACAAUGAUAACAAAAGUGGUGGACUCACACCUCUGUUUGAAUGAACUCAACAUUCAAUAGGAUAUUUCUUGGCGCACGCCCCGCCAUAAUGUUUGGUGGCAGCAGAGUGAGCAGUUUUUGGAAAAUCCUGUAAACCAACAAAGAAACAACAGUGCACAUCAAGUCAUCUUGGACAAUAAACACAGCACUUCAGUAGUUUCAUCAUGGGGGGAAAAAAAAAUCAGUAUUUUAAUAUUCGAUAUGUGCGUAGUAAUAGAGUGGGACAGUGUACUAUAUGUCUCCUUGUGCCCAGCUUAGAGCAACUGUGUCCUAAAAGACCAUUUACUCAUGCAGAAACAAAUGCAAAUACAGUGUGUUGAGUAAGCUAAUUUGGGCUAAAUGCUAAUUAGGGGCCCAGGGUGGUGUUUCUAUUUGAGAUCUAGCGAAAUAUUGCUCUGUAUAAUGUGCAGCACAAACUCCUUUGGUGGUGGAAGAUGUUUCGUUUGUCUUGCCUGAACAUGUUUCAGAAGUCUAUUUUGGUCAGCGGGGACUGUGGAAAGAUUUAGGAAAAAAAAAACAUAUUUGAGAAGCAUAACUAGGCCAACGGUAGACAGCUCUGGUAAUCUUUCUUGCAUCCUUUACACCAAGGACCGGUAAAACCAAAAACACCAACACAAACAUGCCCAAGAUGUUUCCCAUAUGCUGUAUGCUGCCAGCUCCAUUAAGAAAGGGCUCACUAUUAAAAGUCGUCUCGUUAUCUUGCCUUGAAAAGUGCAGACGGAUGCGCUUUUGGAAAGGCUCAAGUCCCCCUUCCUCCCCCACCCUCGCUUCCUUUUGUAGUUCUGUAUGUUGCUGCUCAGAAUCAGCCACAUAAUACCAAAUCAUUGAGCCACUUAUGAAAUUCUUCGUCUAAUUACUUUGAUGUGCGAUGUUGCUAGCUACCCUAAUUGUGGUUAAGAGGUCUACAGAAUUACUCUCUGGGAUAACAGGGGAUGUUCUCGGUACUUGCACUGGCAAUGACAAGCUGGUAAGACCUCAAAACUGUCAUCUUAAUGUGCUGAUAAUUUUCCAGUAUCAUUAACUCCCACCAGCUUGCUACUAAUUACUAUAUAUUUUUUUCUCUAUAGCUGUGUUUCAAUACAUGUGAUUGGCAACAUUGGGUAAUGCUGGACUAAUACUCCACAAUGCUAAACUUUAAAUUGCAUUUUUAUUUAUUGGGUGUGUUUUUUUUUUUUUUUUUGCAGCCAUGUGUAACAUGAUAUUAGCCUUGACCUAAAAGAGAAAAACAAAUGCGGGCCUCUCAGUGACGGUUGAGACAAUGCAAAACACUCCAAAUCAUCUGUGUAAAUUGUACUGAUGAUGAUAAGUGUUCCAACAUAGCUUUGUGCUGGAACAGAUUGGGUGCAGUAUAAUCUAUUGCACCAACAUUAAGUGUCUCUGCUUCCCACUAACACCCAAGCCAGGUGUCUAAAUCACCAAGUAUAUGAUUCAUGUGAUUCAUUUCCCUGUACCAUCUUGCAAAUUGAGAGCAGCCUUGCAUCUAUAAUGUAUCGAGGCAUUCUUUGGAGAGAGUGCAAAGAAAGCUGUUUGAAUGCAGGCCGCCUCUGCCCCUCUCCUUUAAGAUCAUCAUCGGUCAAAGAUUUGAUUCUUGUAAAUAGGCUUUAUCUGACAUUCAGGCAAAUGAUCACCUAACAUGACCCGUGUCAUGGACAGGGAAAUGAGUCCUUCCGGGGAAAUGACUUGUUCAAUUAUACCUGAGGUAAUUCUGAAAAUGAAUGCAUUUCAAAAAUUGUGAAUCAAUCUUUCUCGAAACCACAAUUGAUGAGCUCCCUGUUUCUAGCUUGCCAGAUUUUCUUUCCUCCAAUCACUUUUCAUCUCAUUUCUUUGCAAUUGGAAACCCAAAUAUCCGCAAAUAGCAUAAACAUAUUCAGUCAAAAGGAGCACAUAUCAUUGGGAACAUCAAACUGAUUGAGUGAAAUUGCUCGGAAAAGAGCCAAUUUAAUCUAUGUUUACAGAUUGUCAGCAUUCAAAGGCGAGACAUUAGACAAAAAUAAUGGCUUUUAUAACAGUUUGGGGGGAAUGAGAAGGGCAUGCAUUAUUGUUGUUGUACUCUUUGCAAGAUGUCAACGGUAAUUGUGCCCUCCCUCUUAUCACACAGGGAGAGAAUAUUCAUGGAAUGAAACACUGUCACAAUGUCAUAAGAAAUGUUCCUGAUGGAAAUAAUUUAUCCAAUAACGUUUGUACAAUAUGCACAACGUAUGCGUGGAAUAUAAUAUCUGUUAUCUUCACUGUGUUAUCUUGACUACAUAAUGUGCUGUCAAGUUGUAACAGCUGCAUUACUGAUUUAAUGCAUGGUUAGGGUGUCAGUUUGGAUUCUAAAAUGACAAUUUUGGGGGCCGUUGUACAUCUGACCUCU